AUGGCCGCCAACGAAAUGGCCAUCAACGACUCUGCUGCCCAUGACUUGCCUAUCAGCCUCAUCCUAGGACGGUCAGUCUCUGAAGGAUUCAUCAAAUUGAACGACCCAGAGCUCAGUAGACCAUUCGACAACAUUGACGAAUACAACACAACAACAGCAGCAAACAGUCACCACUCGACGCAUAGGGUUCCCCUCUCCCAGAGCACUUCUAUCUACAGCCACAAGAUCGGCCUCGUCUCCACCACUACACGCCCUCGUUCCAAUCACCCAAAACGAGCCACCACCCUGAACGUCUUCAACGGUCGACGGGCUUCCCAUACGGCUACAACAACAACUACGACAACAAAUGGUGGCGUCGGCGAAAAGACGAGACCAGUUGCUUGUGGCUAUGGAUUGCCGGAUUUCUCCUCUGACGAGUCUGAUUUCAGCAAUGGAGAGAGUGAUCUCUCCGAUAGCGAGCAGGACUAUAACCGCCCACAUCGCGACGGUGCACCACAGUAUAUCCCGCCUGCCAACAACCCAGCGCACUAUGUCGCUCAGAUUACUGGUCGCAUGGACCCCUGGGAAGCCCAGAUGCAGCAGAUCCAGGACCUUGGCAAGGACCUCGCUCCAGAGAUCGCGGACGAGAUUGCAAGGAGGUUCGAUACAAUUGCACGGCGGCCAGUUAGCUCCAAGGUUCAAUGGAUCAAGGAGGACGAUAUCGUUCAAAAGCUCAAGAAUAUCAGCCUGGAGACGGAAUCGAUCAAGGAAAGACGGAGGAAGGAGAGCGAAGGCAGGAACCAGUCCAUGAGCAAGGAUAUUGAUAUCUGCAUUGCACAGGUCAAGGAUGAGCGGGAAACCGCGAUUCGGAACUUGCAGGAGGCACAAAGAAAGGUGCAGGAGGAAAAGGAGAAACUGGCUAAGGAAGCCGAGGACAAGAAGAAGGCCGAUCUUGCCAAGAAGGAGGAGCUGGAGAAGAAGAAAGCAGAGGCGGCAGCAGCAGCAGCGGUGAAGGCCAAGAAGGCAGCCGAAGAAGCCGCAAGUUUGGCAUCGGCCAAGAGCACCAGUUUGUUCGCCAGCGAUUCAGCAAAACAGGAGUGGGAGACGUACUCCAAGGUUCUCGAACAUAUCAAGACUGUUGUGACACCCUCCAUCACGAGCAAUCCUGGUCUGAAAAAGAACUGUAACGCCGUCCGCCGCGACAUUGUUGCCGCAAUCGGCAGAGUUACCAACAAGCGCGAGGAGAUUAUGCGAGUCGCGACAGAGUUGGACGGAAUUUUCAGGACAACGAUGCAGGCGGGAGAGAACGUUUACUACUGGGCCAUGAACGUCACCGCGAAAAAGCUCGUGAAACAAGCCGAGACAGAGGCGCUCGUCAAGUCAGCACCCGCCUUCCCAGUGGCCCACGUCGCUGUGCUGUUGUUUACAACACACGCAAAGUUUCUGGAUGUGCUCAUGGCCAGAUUCGCCAAGAAAUGCCCCUAUGUGACGCCGAUGUACAUUCCCAAGGCUGCUGGCGACAGUAACGAUGUUUACAUGACGAAGCUCGCGUACAAGAAGAAAGAGAGCGGCUACGAGACGGAAGCGCAAUACGAUGCCCGUCAGGCGGCCAUCUUCACUCUCUACUGUGCUAUCCUUCAGACGAAACCCCCAGUUGGAUCAAACGUUCAUGGCAUGGACAACGGUUGGCGCUGGAUGGCGCGUAUUUUGAACAUGCCGCCUCGACCCAUCACACCCGCUCUGAUCCAAGUCUUCCUGGAGGUUUGCGGAAACGAGUUCAUGAGGACGUACCGGACCCAGGCGACUAAGACGUUACAGCUCUUGAUGCACAAAUUUAUACCCAUGAUCCCUCAGCAAGGUAUCGCUGGUACAGUGAGACUGAAGACUCUGCUAGAGGCGUUCCUGAAGACGGGCAACAUCCCCGUUGCCGACGGACAGCAGUAUGAUCGAUAA